GUUUGGCAACACCAGUCCAUGUAAGCGGUGGACAGCAAGGUCGUGAAAAUUUAACCGAAAUAGAUUUAUUAAAAUUGUAGAUUUCAAAAAUAGUGAAAAUGUUUGCUACCGUAGCAAAAGUCGCAACUUUAAAUCCACUAUGUGUCCAAUCUCGUGGUAUGGCCACUUUGAAGGACAUUCGUAUGAGAUUAAAAUCUGUGAAGAACAUGCAGAAAAUCACACAAAGUAUGAAAAUGGUGUCAGCAGCUAAAUAUGCUCGUGCUGAAAGAGAUUUGAAGAAAGCCCGACCCUUCGGUGAAGGUGCUUCUUCUUUCUAUGAGGCUGCAGAAGUCAAAGGAGAUCCUAAUAAACCUGGUACCAUGAUCGUUGCUGUAACAUCUGAUAGAGGUUUAUGUGGUGCUGUCCACUCUAGUGUGUCGAAGAAAGUCCGUGUUUUGUUAGGUGAGGCUGCAGAUAAUUCUGAUAUGAAAGUCAUCUGUAUUGGUGACAAAUCUAGAACUAUGCUUCAGAGAUAUUUUCCCAAAAAUAUCAUGGCUGUGUACUCUGACUAUGGUAAAAAACCUCCAACCUUUGAAGAUGCUACUGAUGUUGCAGAUUAUGUGAUUAAUUGUGGAUUUCAGUUUGAGAGAGGAAUCAUUUUAUACAAUAAAUUCAAGUCAGUUGUGUCAUACAGUACUACUGAACUGCCUAUGUUCAGUGCUGAAGCUAUUACGAAUGCUGAGAAAAUAAGCAUUUAUGACAGUUUGGAUGCUGAAGUUAUUAGAUCCUAUCAAGAAUAUUCUCUUGCAAGUUUAAUUUUUUAUGCCAUGAAGGAAAAUUCAUGCAGUGAACAGAGCUCUAGGAUGACUGCUAUGGAUGGUGCUAGCAAGAAUGCUGGUGAAAUGAUUGAUAAAUUGACAAUGACAUUCAAUCGUACAAGACAGGCUGUCAUUACUAGGGAGUUGAUUGAAAUCAUCUCCGGAGCUGCUGCCCUCUAACCUUGGUCAGUAUAGGAAACACUGCCACCUCUUCUACAAAUAAAAUUUUUAGUUCAUCAUUUUGUAGGCUGAACAAUUUAAAGAAAGCGGAUAUCGCAAUUUUAAAAGGGAACAUAUUUCAAUUUGUGAAGAAUGUAAAAUACUGAAAGGGGAAAAAAAAACAAACUCCAAACUGAUGUACUAGAUUUCAAUAAAUUAUAUGAUAAGAUUUAUAGA